AUGCACCCCAGGUCAAUCCACUUUGACCUCCCGCUACUGCUGGGUGUGCUCCUGUUAUGGGGACCAAUGGGGUCCAGGGGCCAGAAUGACACAGAGCCCAUCAUCCUUGAGGGGAAAUGCUUGGUCGUGUGUGACUCCACUCCCUCAUCUGAGCCGGCCAGUAAUGCCCUGGGCAUGUCAGUCCGCUCCGGCUCGGGCCGGGUGGCCUUCUCCGCCAGCCGCCAGACCAAUCACGAGCCCACGGACAUGAGCAACCGCACCAUGAUUAUCUAUUUUGACAAUAUUUUGGUGAACGUCGGCACUCACUUUGACCAAGAGAGCAGUGUCUUCCUGGCACCAAGGAGAGGAGUGUACAGCUUCAACUUCCAUGUUGUGAAGGCCUACAAUAGACAAACUAUCCAGGUCAGCCUGAUGGUGAAUGGCUGGCCGAUGAUUUCAGCUUUCGCCGGGGACCAGGACGUGACCAGAGAAGCUGCCACCAACGCCGGCCUGGUAAUUAUGGAGAAGGGGGAUAAGGCCUACCUCAGACUGGAGAGAGGCAACCUGAUGGGAGGCUGGAAGUACUCCACCUUCUCUGGGUUUCUGGUCUUCCCCUUGUGA